CAUAUGGCCGCGGGGUGAGGCAGGGCGGUCCGGACCUGCGCGCGCGGGGGGCGGCUGCCCAAGCGCGCGUCCGGGUGCCCCGGAGGAGGAACCAGCGGCACCGGGCGUUUACGCCUCGGAGCAGCCCCGCGCAAGCAAAUGGCGCGCCUUGCCUUGCUUUGGGCGGCCGUCAUGCCGACAGUCGGUGGACACGCCACUGGACAGACGCCACUGGCGAAGGGGCAGGCGCGGGCCAGGGGUUCGCGCCGCCUCGAAGGGUAUUCAGCGCGCCGGCUCGCAGACGAGGACGAGGACGGCGACGAGGACGGCGACGACUACGAUUACUGGGAAGCACUCUGCCCGGAAUGCGGCGACGAGCACAACUGCGCGGCGGCGGCGGAAUGCCAUGGGUGGUGCUGUAGUACGUGGGGCGAGUGCUGCAGCGAGGACGAGGACGAGGACGGCGACGAGGACGGCGACGAGGACGACUGCACCCCGGGUUGGGGGGCGAUUGAAUGCCUCGACGACGGGACCCUUAUGGCCUCGACUGCUGAGGGAUGCAGCUCGUGCGACGACUGCGAAAUGUACGACUUGACGGCCGCGACGGGCGGCCGAUACACCUGCGAGCCGGGUACGAAUACCUACUAUGUCGACGAAGACCUCGACGGCAAUGUCGACGUCGAGGGGCCGUUCGGCGAGUGCUGGUACGAUGACUGCGACGACGACGACGACGACGAGGACGACGACGGCGACGAGGACGAGGACGACGAUGCCAUGGCGGCGUGCCUCAGGUGCGUGAACGAAGAAUGCGCGGGCAACGAGGCGCACUCGGAGAUCUGCAGCGACUGUUUGGGGGAAGAUUGCGACGAGUGCCGCGACGCCAUCGGGGACAGCGAGCUCGCAGCGUUCGUGAGCGGCGGCUGCGACUUCGACGACGGCUCGGAGGUAGGUAACUGGUUCCGGGACGAGGCUUGCGGGUCCCUGCGCGGCUGCUGUCCGAUCACGAGGGAAUUUUGCACGAACGACCCCUAUCUCCCGGACAACUGCAAUUGCGAUUGGUGUGGUUACCCCGCUUGUGGUGAUUGCGACUGCGAUGUCUACGGCGACGACCACUGCUGCACGGGCAGCUUCGGCUACGAGGACGAGGACGGUGACGAGGACGACGAGGAAUGCGACAUCGAGACGUCCGGCGACCUCAAUUCCUCUCCAAGCGGCACGACGAACCAUGGCGCCGGGAAGGGGUGGUGCUACAGCGCUCUGGACGACCUCGUGGGCUGCACGGUGUCGCCGGGCGAUUGCUGGGCGAUGUGUGAUUUUUUUUUCCCCCCGGACGAGUACAACGACGGCGUGGUGGCCAUCGACUGGAAUAAGGGCGGGUGCUACUGCCAGAACGAGUGCCAGUGCAUGGAGGACGUCGGCGACGACGAAGGCUACCUCAUCACGCGCGAUGGAACGGCGUUACCCCAGGAGUGCGAAGGCGACGAGGACGAGGACGGGGACGAAGACGAGGACGAGGACGGGGACGAAGACGAGGACGCGGACGAAGACGAGGGCUGCACCCCGGGCUGGCACUCCGUGAAGUGCCUCGACGACGGGACGGUGAUGCGCGGCGAGGGCUGCGCCUCGUGCGGCGACUGCGCGAUGUACAACUACACGGCGGCCACUGGCGGCCGAGCCACCUGCGAGUUGCACGGCCCCAAUGGUUCGUACUCGUACUCGUACAGCUAUGACCAGAGCCGCACGGCGACCUACUACUUCCUACACGGCCCCGAUGGUUCGUACUCGUACUCGUACAGCUAUGACCAGAGCCGCACGGCGACCUACUACUUCGACGGCGUCGAGCAGGCGGUGGAGGAAUGUGGGUACGAAGACUGCCUGUUCGUCGAAAAUAUCGCGUGCGGUGAGACUAGAUAUGAGUCCACAGCCAAUGCAGCGCACUGGCUCUCGGGCAACGACGCGCCCGACCACUUCUAUUUGAUCACGCCCUCCGAGACGGCCUACUACCACUUCUCGACGUGCGGCUCCGACUACGACACCUAUCUUUACCUCUACGACGUCGUCGACUACGAGGCGGACACCUGCCUCCGAUCGCCCGCGCCGCACGCUGGCGAAGUGGAGCUCAUCGGCGAGUGGGACGACGACGGCGAGAACGUUUGCCGUGCACUCGACGGUCGCGAGGAGCGCGAGGACGUCUGGACCUCCCAGCCGCUCCAGGCCGGCGAAACGUACGUGCUUCAGGUCACCGGCUACUCAGACAGGGAGGACUGUGACACCGACCACGCGCGCGACGCGGGCGCGGCGGGCAACUACGCGCUUGCCGUCGACUGCAGUCCGCAUCCUCCUUGCCAGGAUCUCAUGUGCUCGGGUCAGAGAUGCAUCUGUGGCAGGUUCGGUUGUGACAUGGACGAGUGUUGCCUCGAGGACGACGACGGGAACAAUCGCGGCUGCUGCAACCCGAGCUUCUGCGACGACGGCGGCGCGGACGUGCGCGGCCAGACGAUCCAAUGCAACGACGACCACAGCGGCUGGACGACGUGCCGUGUACCCCAGGAUUCCGGCGAGGCGUUUCCGGAGUACUUCGAGGACGAGGACGAGGACGAGGACGGCGACGAGGACGAGGACGGCGACGAGGACGGCGACGAGGACGAGGACGAGGACGACGACUGCCGCCCGGGGCACAGAAUGUCCGAGUGCCCUCCCGACUGCAGCCCGGGCUGGCAGACGUACGAGUGCCGCGACGACGGGACCCUGAUGCACGGGAACGGGUGCGCCUCGUGCGAGGAUUGCGAAGCCUUCGACCAUACGGCGGCGACAGGCGGCCGAUUGACCUGUGAGCCAGGCACGUCGCCCAUCGUCUAUUAUUACGACGAGGACCUCGACGGCACCCCCGAGGACAUGGGGGAGGUCGGCGAAUGCCAGCACACCGACUGCUCGGAGGCCGAGAACGAGGACGAGGACGAAAUCUACGACGUCUCCUACUUGUUCUCGUACUCGUUCUCGUUCUCGUACUCGUUCGAGACGAUGGACCGCUGCCUCGCGUGCGUGAACGCUGAGUGCCAAGGCGACGAGCCGUACUCGGAGAUCUGCAGCGACUGUUUGGGGGAAGACUGCGACGAGUGCCGCGACGCCAUUGGGGAGAGCGAGCUCACAGCGUUCGUGAGCGGCGGCUGCGACUUCGACGACGGCUCGGACAUCGGUCGCUGGUUCCGGGACGAGGGCUGCGGGUCCCUGCGCGGCUGCUGUCCGAUCACGAGGGAAUUUUGCAUGAACGACCCCUAUCUCCCGGACAAUUGCAAUUGUGGGGAUUGUGGUUUUCCUGCUUGUGGUGACUGCGACUGCGAUGCCCACGGCGACGGCGAGUGCUGCAAUCGCGAAUAUCUCGGCGACGAAGACGAGGAUUGGGACGAGGACGAGGACGAAGACGAGCGCCGCUACGAGCCCUGCGACUCGAACGACGACUGCGAGGGCGAGUGCAAGUUCUGCUACGUCGAUGAGGAGGGCGAGGGGCAUUGCGAGCUGUGCUAUUACCUCUGGCGGUGCAACAUGAUCUCCUGGCACGACGAUUGCGACGAGUUCCACGAGGGCACGUGCGCCGAUCAUCUCGAUCAGAAUGAAGAGCUCGAGGCCCGGCAGAAUUGCGAGGCCGUCUGCGAGACGGGGGGCGCGCAGACGUGCACGACGAGCUACUACCGCUCCGACGACGAGGUCGCCAGCAAGGAGGUCGCGCGCGAGUACUGCGGCGCCGACGGCCUCGCGCGCAUCGACGCGGCCGAAGAGAACGUCAACGCGCUGAGCCAGUGCGACAUGGCCAUGUGCUGGCUCGACCUGCAGGAGGUCACGCACUGUGUGGAAAUCAACCAGUGCGUCGGAUGCAGUUCUUCACCAAGUCAUUUCCCGGCGAUGACGCGGCCGUCCUGGCUCGGUCGAGCGGUGAGGAACCGGCAUCGCCACGCCAUCGAGCAGGCGUCGCGUCGAUGGCGUGGAGGUCGACGCGGCGAUUCAGCAAGAACGUGCCGUAAAACUUUGAUUUCCACACAGGUCACGCACGACGGGGCCUGGGUCUGGUCCGACGGCUCGGCGCCCAGUUACGAAAACUGGAACAACCAGUACGACCAGCCCGACGACGGUUACGGCCCGGAGGCCGACGCGAUCAUGAAUGCCGGCGACGUCGAGGUCUACGACGGGACCUGGUUCGACGCCCAAAACGGUGACUGGGCCCACGCGCUCUGCAACAACAACCAGGCGGACUGCGCCGACGACAUCUACCUAGCGCCGUACAUGACGGGCUGCCCGGAGGGCUACGAUUUCCCGGCGACCGAGGGAGCCUGCCAACGAGCCGCGGACCUCAGCUCGGGCUACGAGUACGGCGGCGCCGAAGGGCCCUACGGCGGACCCGACGACCUCGCCGACAAUCACCCGCCCUGCUUACAUCGAGAGAGCUGGGAUGGAGAUGAGGAAGAACUUUGCUGGACGCGGCCCGCGCGGGGCUACUGCCCCCAGGUUAGCGAGCAGUGGGGCGACCUCGGCGCCGUCUGCGUCCGCGUGGGCGGCUGUUUUGAGACGAUGGGGUGCCAGGGCGGCACGCCGCGGCCCACCAUCACGCCAGCCCCGACGCCCUCGCCGGCGUCGUGCACGGUGCGCGCCUACGAGUCCGUCGGCUGCGACUGCGACCCCAAGAGCACGUGCGAGGGAGGCAUGCACGACGGCUCCGAUGAAGCCUGCUGUGGCACGAACGGUGGAUACUGCGGCGUCGAGUGGCGCGGCACGGACGGCGCAGAGUGGAUCGACAUCCACGACGACGCCUGCAGCGGCACUGACUUCUUCCGCGUCUCGCCGGGCUGUGGCAUCGAGGUGAAAACCGAGUGGGGCGAGGCUUAUACGUACAACGAAGGGUCCGUGCUCGUUUGCGGCUACGAGUGCGAGUGUCGUGCCACGCCGGGCUGCGAUACCGUGCGCUAUCUGCGUAUAUUCGCAACCGGGCCUUCUUCCUAUGACCAGGGCGACGAGGACGAGUGCGAGGGGGAAUACGACGACGACUGGCUGGACUGGGACGAGGACGAGGACGAGGAAUGCGACAUCGAGACGUCCGGCGACCGCAGCUCCUCGCCAAGCGGCACGACGAAUCACGGCGCCGGGAAUGGGUGGUGCUACAGCGACCUGGACGAACACGUGGGCUGCGCGGCGUCGCCAGGUGACUGCUGGGCGAUGUGUGAGGACGAGUACGGCGACGGCGUGGUGGCCAUCGACUGGGACGAGGAAGACGGCGGCAGCUGCUACUGCCAGAACGAGUGCGAGUGCAUGGAGGACGUCGGCGACAUCGGAAGCUACCUCAUCACGCGCGACUCGAGGGUCGGCGCGCUGCCGCACGAGUGUGGCCCCGACGAGGGCGAGGAUGGCGACGAGGACGAGGACGACGACGAGGACUGGAUGUGGGACGGCGGCUGCCGCCCGGACUACUGCACAUCCUGGGGUGAGGACUGCUGCGCCUCGAUGGAUUGGGGCGAACCGGCGACAUGCGCGAACGGCUACACUCCGAUGCCGUCAAACCCGUCCGAGGACGACUGUGAAUACACGUGCUGCCCGGUUGAUAUCGGCACCGUGACCCUCUACGAGGACAAGAGCCGCGGCGCGGGAUGCGACGCGCUCGACUAUAGCGGCAAUGUCGUGGACGCGGACUCCGCGGACCACUGCUGCCAGGAUGAGGACUAUUGUUGCUUCUUCGGGGCGUGCGCGUCGGAUUCGGACUAUUGCGGCUACCGGUUUCACUGCCCGGAAGUCCUCGUUACCGGCGACCUCACCUUCGAAGGCAUCACGUACGAAGCGGCGCAGGACAACACCGACGUCUUUGUCGCCGCCGUCGCCGAUCUCUGCGGCGUGGCCGCGUCCGCCGUGACCGUGGAAAUCUCCAAGGCCCGCCGCCGUCGCCUUGCGGAGGGAAUCGUGGUGACGUACACCGUGGGCGUCGCGACCGCGAACGAGGCUCAAACGGUCACGAGCGCGAUUUCGAGCAGCUCGACAGCAGACGUCGACGCCGCAAUCAGCAAAGCCGCGACGGACGCGGGCGUCGACGACGAUUUCGACGGCGUCACGACGACCAACGUGGGUACGCCCACGACUUGCGACCCUUCGUCAUGGCCCGACUUGGACACGCACGUUUGCGGUGCGUGCAAGGCGCUCGUGAAUUGGGAAACGUAUGGUUCCACGUGCGGCGGCUACUGCUCCGGCAUCGGCCUCACUUGCGUCGACGGUUGGGAGGAGGUUGAUGAAACAUGCGAAGUGGAAGAGCACCUCGGAUGCAACGGAAGGGCUGACUCGAGCGACGCGAUCUGUGAGUGCGCGCCGCUCGCGGCGUACAGCUACUCGUUCUCCUACGACGUGUCGACGGCCCAGCCGACGUCAUCCCCAACACCUACGCCGAUCAUCGCCGUCGAGGUCACGAGCACAGUCGCGGGCGUCACGGCGGACGCGUUCCAGAACACCGUGUUCGUGGACGCGUUCAAGACGACGGUGGCCGCAGCGAUUACCGGCGUGGACGCGGACAUGGUCACGAACCUGAGAGUCGACGGCGUGCCCGUGAACCGCCGCCUGACGGACGGCGUCGAGGUGACGUACGAGAUCGUCGUGCCCGCCGCGACAGCCGCGGCUAGCGGCUACGACGACGUAGAUGCGCUCUCGUCGGGCGUGUCGACGUCGCUCGUGGCGGCGGCCGACACGUUCGUCGAGACCGUGCAGAACGAGGUCGAGGCCAUCGCCGCGGCGGCGCCGGCCGGCUCCACGGAGGCGGCCGAGGCCGCGGCGGCCGCCACGCAUGCGGAGGCCAUCACGACGGUCUUGGCCCCGGUCGUCGUCGUAAGUCAGACGCUCGCGCCGACGCCGCGCCCGUCACCGGCCCCGUCUCCGGCUCCCACACCGGCGCCCACGACUUGCGACCCUUCUUCAUGGCCUGACUUCGACGACGAGGUUUGCGGUGCGUGCAAGGCGCUCGUGAAUUGGGAAACGUAUGGUUCCACGUGCGGCGGCUACUGCUCCGGCAUCGGUCUCACUUGCGUCGACGGUUGGGAGGAGGAAGACGAUGAUUGUAACGUGAAAGAGCACCUCGGAUGCGACGGAACGGUCAGCUCGAGCGACGCGAUUUGUGAGUGCGCGACGACCAACGUGGGUACGCCCACGACUUGCGACCACGUCGCCGGCCAGCCGUUCGUCCUCGUGGCGUCUGAGCCCGAUCCAGCCACCCAGGCAAUGUUGGGCCUGCCAGACGGGGAGUUCUCGGUGGGCUUGAAUCAUGCCGACAGACACUACAUCGCCGACGAGACUCCAAACGUCCACAGCAACACAUUUGUCAGCACGCAAACGACGGAGGGCACGAAGAUGCUUCAUCGCAGCACGGACAACAACAUAGUUUUCCCGGAUAUGCCGGACGAGUGGACGACGGACGCGACGCGGCCGCCGUCCAUCGACGAGGACUUCCUCAUCAACGUCGGUCUGCACGUUCACUGCAACGACUACGCGCCGGGGGCCAAGGCGAUAGCGCUCGGAAACUACCACGAGUCCGUCGGGAGCUGGGUCGUCAACGAAGACGGGACAAUUUCGCCGCAUGAUGGCCCGCACCUCAUUCUUGGCUGGGGCGACUUCACCACGGCUAGUGGGUCGUGUGGGGCUGACAACAUGAACAUGGACCCGCAACCGAACAACCUAGUCCUCAUGGACUCCGCGAUGGCGCUCGGUUGCGAGGCCGCGAGAGAGGCCGAUCCCGCUCUUCCGUGCGCGCCGGUCUUCCGCGCGAGAGGCGUCGACUGCGAUGACGGCGUGACCGGCGGAUACGAGUACUCGUUCUCGUACGACAUCAUCUACGACGUCUCCUACUCGUACGACAUCAUCUACGACGUCUCCUACUUGUUCUCGUACUCGUUCUCGUACUCGUUCGAGACGAUGGCGCCGACGCCGGCGGCCGUCGCGGCGGUGUCGGUCAACAUGGGCUACACGAUGGCGCCGCUCAGCGCGAGCAAGUCGCCGGCGUGGGUCGACUUCUGGGCCAGCGAGACCUACUACGGCUACAUGGGCGACGAGGAGGAGAUGACCACGCACGCGCACACGAUGGUGUCGGUCGCGUUCGGCGCAGACUCGGUCUUCGGCGAGGUGACCACCGACAGCGUGGGCGCGACCAUCGUCAUCGCCGAGGGUCACAACCCCUGCGUGCUCGGCACUAGUACCAGCCGAGAAGAAUACGACGGGUGUCUCGAAGACAACGGCAUCAGCGGCCGCCGCCUGGACGAGAGGGAGCGUGCGACGCCCGCUCGCGCGUCGCGGAGGCUCGUCGUCGCCAGCGACGACGACAUCGACGAAGUCUGCGGCCCGGCGUGCAACGUGGACGACGGCUCGGUCACCGACGACGCUUCGAAGCUGGUCGUCGGCAUGGAGAUCGAAACGGACCUCGAGGCGGAAGAGAUUUCCGCCGGCGUCGGCGCGGCGACGGAUUCUGUCGUCGCGGCCGCCACGGCGGACUGUUCGUGCUCCGAAACCGACUGCAACGCGCUGGCGUGCGCGUUUUGCGACGCUUCGGGCGACGCCGCGUCCGAAGGUUGCGAGGAGGCUUUUGUCGUUUCAGACGUCGAGGUGGCGUACACGGUCGUGUUCAGUAACGACACCAACGUGACGACCUACGAGGUGAUAUCCGGCUCCGCCACGUUCUCGGGCAUCUCGUACGACGAGGCGAACGAUGCCUCGGCCAAGGCCGUCUUUCGGGACGCGAUCGGUCGCCUUUCGGCCAAUAUCACCGAGAACCGCGUGACUCUCACGCACUUGGAGGCGUCAGCGCGCCGACGCCUCUCGGACGGCGUCGUGGUCGACUUCGAGAUUAGCGUGACGGCCGCCGAGAAGGCCGCCGUCGAGGACGACCUGCAAGCGGCCAGGGAUGACCCGAGCCUCCUCGAUGCGGCCCUCACGGCGGCCGCCGCGGCUAGUGCUGAUCCUACGAUGGUGGACUUAUUCGCCAACAUCAAGACGGAGAGCUUCGACCCCGACAUCGGCGCGGCGACGCCGGCGCCGACGACGCUGGGCUUCUUCAAUCUGUUCUACCAGGCCUGUGUCACGGGCGGCGAUACGUACCCGUUGGGGAGGCGCUUCUCGAACUUGUACUGCCAAGCCGUCGCGCCCGAGUUCGCGGCGCACGAAGAAGAGCACGGCCCUAUGGGCACGCCGAACGCGCCGCGGCCGAGUCCCAGGCCGACGCCCGCGCCCGUCGUGCAGCCGCCGGGAGCGGGCGUCCCUACCUAUAUGCCGUCGUCGAGCCCGACCUUCGUCCCGACCAAGGUCCCCAUUUCGGCGCCCACCUACGUACCGACUCCGGCGCCGAUCACGCCGUCGUAUAAACCGACGACAGCACGGUAAUCGGCGCCUCCCUCCUCCCUCCCCCUUCCUGUCCCCCCCCGCCCGCCC